AACCCAACCCCACCUUCACCCACACGAGCGGUUCUCGAGUUUCAUGCUCAGACUUUGCCACACUUUUUAGACUCUUCUCUCUAAAUUCUCUCUCUUUAUUUUACAUACAAUCGUGUGGAUUCUUCUCUCUUUUUCUCUCUCUUAAAUUUCUUAUUUUGCUCCAUUUAAUUUCCUCCCCCUUCAUUGAAUUCAUUCUUCUCACUCUUCUUUUUCUCCUCUUUCCUCUCUUAAAUUUCUUCUCCCUUUACUUCCAAAAUGCUUUCCCAUCUCUUUCUACCCAUUUCGAUCUCCUUCUCUUGAGAAUCACUCACAAGGGAAACCCUCUGUUUUUCCAAGAUCCUGCCUUUUCUUCCUCCUCUGUUUCUUGCAUUGUAGGGAGAAAAUCCUUUUGGGUCUUUAAAGUUUUCUCUUCUCUCUCAGUUUCUCAUCCGGGUUCCAAUGAAUCUGAAUCUGGAACAGCUUAGCUGUGAAGCUAAUGGGUUUACUGGGUUUCAAGGGAUUCCAUUUUUACCUCCCCCUCCACCUCAACUUCCUACUUUACCCCCUCACCUUUCUCUUUCAAACAACUUUGAAGAUUCUCAAAUGGGAGCGAAAAGAAUCAAUGAUGAGAAAGAUGGGUUUUUGGGGUCUGAAAAUAAGGGCAAGUUGUCCUUAAAUUUAGGUCAUGAUCAGGAAGAGGAAGGGAAAAGUUCUGGUGGUAGCAAAAACGGCCAUACUAAGCUUUGUGCUAGAGGCCAUUGGAGACCGGCUGAAGAUUCUAAACUCAAAGAGCUCGUAGCUCAAUAUGGCCCUCAAAACUGGAACUUGAUAGCUGAACAUCUUGAAGGAAGAUCAGGAAAAAGCUGCAGAUUACGGUGGUUUAACCAGCUAGAUCCAAGAAUCAACAGGAGGGCUUUCAGUGAAGAUGAAGAGGAAAGACUGUUAGCUGCUCAUCGUCUUUAUGGCAACAAAUGGGCAAUGAUUGCAAGACUAUUUCCAGGAAGAACUGAUAAUGCAGUGAAGAAUCAUUGGCAUGUGAUCAUGGCGAGAAAGCACAGAGAACAAGCAAGCAUUUACAGACGAAGAAAACCCACUUCAUCUUCUUCUUCCUCUUGCCAUCCUUAUCACCUCACUGUUCAAAACAACAACAAUGCUUGCAGCGAAUCAACCAUCUCCAGCACCAUUGACGAAUCUGCCUCAACCUGCACUGAUCUCUCCCUCACUCCUUCAGCUAAAGUCUCCCCACCAUUUCUCAACACUCUUGGACCAGUUAAGCUGAUGGGAGAAUCUGGAGAAAAGGUGAUUGCAAUGGGAAAUGGAGAUUUUGACAGGUUCAUUUAUGGGAAUGGAGUAGUGGGUGUGGACCAAUCGGGUCACUCAGAUUCAAACUCAGAGGUCUCAGGAGCUGAGUCAGUGGGCACUAACCGGAUUAAUCUCUCUUCAUCUGGGGACAAUGAGAAGAUCAACCUGCCCUACAUUGAUUUCCUUGGAGUAGGCCUGUAGCAGCCAGCUUCUUGAAGACAGUGAAAAGUUUUGGUAAAAAGUUAAAAAAGUGAAGAAGAAGAAGAAGAAGAAGAAGAAGAAGGUGAAACCAACUCAGAUAAUUAAUCAAAAAACCUGUAUUGGGUAAAAAAAAAAAAAAAGAAAAAAAAAGGGGGUCUGAGCUAGUUUUCUGCAGGACUAGGUCUAAUCUCAUCCCUUCAGUGUUUUGAAAUAUGUACAGUUAGUUCCAUAAAUGGAUAAAGAGAAAGAACUACUACAGGGAAAAGAGGGAAAAAAAAAUAGUAGUUGCAGAGAUGGGUUCUUAGUAUUUAGAGCUAUUAUUAUUAUAUAUGAAAUAUAUAUAUAUAUAUAUAAAAGAAGAAAAUGCAAAAUAUCGAAGGGUUCUUUAGGUGCUGAUAUGGAGCAAUUGAAUAAAUAGCAAAUUUUGUUUGUUGAAAUGGAAAAAGCAAAGUG